GACACUCCAGCCAGAACAUCACUCGUGCGCUCAGCCUCAUCUUUAACUCUACAUCUCCCAGAAUCAUGGAAUCUGCCAUUAAUGUGCUUGUCUCUGAGUUCAAGGCUUAUGCUGGGAAGGAAGGUUCAGCAAGUACUCUGAGUAAAGAAGAGUUUACAAGCUUGGUCAAAUCCCAGUUACCAAACUUUGUAAAGAAUUCAUCUGAUCCAGCCACCAUUGACCAUCUCAUGAGCUCAUUGGAUGCGAAUAAUGAUGGGCAGCUGACGUUCAUGGAGUUCUGGAAUCUGAUUGGCAAUGUUGCAAACAAGCAUGGUGGAUUCUAAGCCAAUCAAGAGACAUUGAAGUUGUACUUUUAAUUUUACCUUGUGACUUUCUGCUGUAAUUCUAUAACCUGUUGCACAGUUAAUGAUUGUCCUAAGCAGGUGAUGGCAAAUAAAAUAAAGCAUUGUUUCUCAAGGUAA